CCCCAUGCACCUCUGUACUUUUUCAUAAUAUUGAGUUGCAGAUGCUGUCGAACAAUGAAUAGACUUGGGUGAUUAACUGGUUAUUACGUGUGACAGUAGCUAGACAUAUAGGACUGUGGAGGUUGACACGCAAAAAUUAUUACACUGAGUGUAUAAAUAGAGGGCUCCUGGAGGACAUUAUUUUCCGGGUUCAUAUUAAGUGUAGAAGCAAUGGCGGAAUUCAAGCACUUGGUCAUCGUUAAGUUUAGGGAAGGUGUGGUGGUGGAGGAGAUGGUAAAAGGGAUGGAGAAGCUUGUUUCAGAGAUUGAUGCUGUCAAGUCCUUUGAAUGGGGGCAGGAUGUGGAAGGGCAAGAGAUGCUUACACAAGGUUUUACUCAUGUAUUCGUGAUGACAUUCAGCAAAAAGGAAGACUACGCCACAUUCGUCGCCCAUCCAAGCCAUGUGGAAUUCUCUGGCCCCUUUUCAACAGCCAUUGAGAAGAUUGUGGUGCUGGAUUUCCCAAGUGUGGCUGUGAAGCCAUCAGCAUGACACAGAAAAUAAGAAGCUGCUGCAGCCUGCAAAGAUUGUAUUUGUAUGUCUGUCUGUUUAGCAUAUCAACCUAUGUUAAUUUGCAUGUAUUAUUAUUAUGGUUUGUCACUUUUUACCACUCUAAAUGCAAUUUCAACUGCUACUUUUAAGUUA